CUGACAGAAAAGGGGAGGGUGUUUCCUCGAAACGGUGACAUGUAGCUGCUACUUGCAUACAGACGUUUCAACCAGGAGCCAGCCUGGACGCAGCAUGAUCAAGACGCUCCUUCUCUGCCUCUUGUUAACGGUGGGUCCUGCAUGUGGCCUCACUGCUACGGGACCAUCACAUAACAAUGAUUCUGUACCUAGAAUACACCGUGUGUAUAAUAAGCUUACUGCUGUGAAACACGUUUCUAAGCGGAACCUUAUUAGCUGUCAUGAAAACACAGAAUAUCUAUUCAAUACAUCUCUUGGUGUCCUUUGCUGUGAGUCUUGUCCGCCUGGUUAUGUUGCUGAAAAUGUUGGCUGCACAAAGGAAAAUCCUAAAACCAGUUGUAAAAAGUGUACACUGGGGAAAGAGUACAUGGAUCAUUACAAUUAUAAUACAAAAUGUCUGCGAUGCCGUGGUUGCGAUGAACAACAUGGUAUGGAAAUAGAGAACAAUUGUACCAUCAACCAGAAUACAAAAUGUAAAUGUAAAACUGACUUCUUUUGUGAUUCUGCACCAUGCCAUCAUUGUGCUCCAUGUGAUAGCUGUGCAAAUGGCAGAGUUUUAGAACCCUGCACGGACACGAAGAACACCAAGUGUGAAGAGACAGGAGAGUCACGCCAACACUUCAUAAUUAUAGGUGUGAUUAUACUUCUUGUGCUGGUGAUUGUGGUGGUAUUUUUAUUGCGAAAGAAACGAAACAAUCAACAGAAGAAACACACCAUCUCAACUAAACAUAAUAUUGAGAUGGUGCCGCUAAAGUACCCAGAUAUUGAUUUAAGCAGUCACAUUGCUGACAUUGCAGAAGAGAUGAACUUAGAAGAUGUCCUAAGGCUUGUCCGGAAACUGGGUGUGUUAUCCAGUCGCAUAGAAGUAGUCAAAAGUGAUAAUCAAAACAAUGCUGCUGAAGCAAAAAUAAAACUAUUAGAACUUUGGUACCAAGAAAAGGGGAUAACAGGUGCUUAUGGGGCUUUAAUUACCACGCUCAGAAACCUUCACUUGCGUUCAGCAGCUGACAAGAUUGAACAAAAAAUGUCCCUGCUUUUUCAAAACAAUGAAAAUCUGGAUAGAAUAUGAGUUCAUUCAGAGUUGAUCAUCCUCUCUGUUUCUGCAUUUCUCUGCUACUCUCCAUUUAUAUGUCAUUCCCUUGCUUUUAUGGCCCCUGCUGAGUAUUUUCAGUCCUUGUGCAAGGAGGUCAUCCUCUCUAUCGCCUUGUGAAAAAUGCAAUGCCUUCUUAAAGCAUUGGGGGUGAUAUGUUUCAGGCCAGUGGAAGCUUUUCUGCAGCCAGCUUCCCCUCCCAUUACCUGAGCAACUGCACUCAAGCAAUCAAAUGGAGCAUCUGCUUGCUGUGUUUGAGGAAGGAGAGAAGAUCAUGGAAACUGUAUGUGCAGAGUGACAUGUUUCAUCUGCAGUGCACGGGCUGCUGGCUAUUGUGUUUUCCCAGGCCUUUUAAGCUGUUUUAGUUGCUUUUAUUUAUUCCAUGGGAUUUGUUUUGCUCUAUGCACAUCUCUGAUCUUUAUCUGCUUUUGCUAUUGACUUUUAAAUAGUUUUACUUCUCCUUGUGAGUAGUGUAAAUAAAUAAAACCAUGUGUUCAGCCUGUAAA